UCAUCCUCAUUUCUCAGUCUUUCAAUUCUCAUGCAAACCCCAUAAUCUCUCACUAAAAAAAAUAAAAAAUGAAAUUGGAGAGAUCAUCAUAUGCCUCCUCUCAUUGUCCCACCAAAGUUCAAUCAUGUCUAUAGCAUUCUCAGAAGCCAUUCCUUUAGAUCAAGAAAAAUAAGAAAAAGACUAUAUAGAUCAAGAUGGCCACUUCAUUAAAUGCACCCAAGAAAACAUUCUCCUCCUCCACCUCCUCCGCAUCAGGGGCCGAACGCCCUCCUGCUGCCGUCAAGUUUGCACGCCGCACAUCGAGUGGUCGCGUCGUUAGCUUGUCUCGUGAUGAUGACCUCGACAUGUCAGGCGACUUUUCGGGCCAGAACGAUUAUAUUAAUUACACCGUCAUGAUGCCACCAACCCCAGAUAACCAGCCUGGAGGCGGGUCAUCUGGGGCAGAUGGUUCAGGGGACAAGCCUGAUGGGUCGGGCCCAUACGGGCCAACGAGCCGGUUUGCAGUGGAAUCGCAACGUGGGAGGCGGGGUAAUGGUGGGGACGAGGAGGGUGGCAAUGGGGGCAGUAGUGGUGGUGGAGGAGGGGGUAAGUUGGACCGGAGGAUGUCGGUGAUGAAGUCAAACAACAAAUCAAUGCUGCUGAGGAGCCAGACAGGGGAUUUUGAUCACAACCGUUGGUUGUUUGAGACAAAAGGGAAGUAUGGGAUUGGGAAUGCAUUUUGGCAAGAUGAUGAUGGUUAUGAUGAUACUGGGAUGAGCAAGGCUGAUUUUCUGGACAAGCCUUGGAAGCCUCUCACUAGGAAGGUUCCCAUUCCAACCAAAAUAAUUAGCCCUUACAGGCUACUUAUUGUGGUGAGGCUGGUGGCACUCUUCCUCUUCCUUGGCUGGCGUUGGCAAAACCCUAAUCCAGAAGCAAUGUGGCUAUGGGGUCUGUCCAGCGUCUGCGAAUCAUGGUUCGCUUUCUCAUGGCUUCUAGACAUUCUCCCAAAGCUCAAUCCCAUCAACCGCCAAACAGACCUCGGGGCCCUACGCGACAAGUUCGAGUCUCCCUCUCCAUCGAACCCCCACGGUCGCUCUGACCUACCGGGAGUGGACGUGUUCAUCUCCACCGCUGAUCCAGAGAAAGAACCACCUCUCACCACUGCCAAUACUAUUCUUUCGAUCAUGGCUGUUGAGUAUCCUGUUGAGAAGGUUGCUAUAUAUAUCUCUGAUGAUGGUGGUGCAAUUCUUAACUUUGAGGCCAUGGCUGAGGCUGUCAAGUUUGCUGAGGUUUGGGUGCCAUUCUGUCGGAAACACAGCAUUGAGCCAAGAAACCCAGACAGCUACUUCAGCAACAAAACGGACCCAACAAAAAACAAGAAGCGGCCGGACUUUGUGAAGGACCGGCGGUGGAUAAAGAGGGAGUACGACGAGUUCAAAGUGAGGAUCAAUGGGUUGACCGAUGUGAUCAUGAAGCGAUGCGACAUGUAUAACAAGAAGGAGGAAAUGGAGGAGAAAAAGCAAGUGAAAGAGAAGAACGACGGAGUUUUGCCGCCAAAUGUUGAAAUGAAGGUUACCAAGGCCACUUGGAUGGCCGACGGGACACAUUGGCCGGGCACUUGGUUUACUGCAGCGCCCGAUCACAAGAAAGGUGACCAUCCUGGAAUUCUGCAGGUGAUGAGCAAGGUUCCGGAAAUGGAUCCAGUGUUGGGUGAGCAGGACGAGAAGAAGCUGGACUUCACGGGCAUCGACACCAGGAUUCCAAUGUUCGCGUACGUCUCCCGAGAGAAACGCCCUGGUUACGACCACAACAAGAAGGCUGGAGCCAUGAAUGCCUUGGUGCGAGCUUCGGCCGUACUCUCCAAUGGACCCUUCAUUCUCAACUUGGAUUGUGACCAUUACGUUUACAAUUCCAUGGCCAUUCGCGAAGGCAUUUGCUUCAUGAUGGACCGUGGUGGUGAUCGCAUUUGCUACAUUCAGUUCCCUCAGAGGUUCGAAGGCAUCGAUCCCUCUGAUCGUUAUGCUAACCAUAACACUGUCUUCUUUGAUGGGAACAUGAGAGCCCUGGAUGGUCUGCAAGGCCCGGUGUAUGUGGGAACUGGCUGCAUGUUUCGGCGUUAUGCACUUUACGGUUUCAAUCCACCAAGGGCAAAUGAGUACUUGGGCAUUGUUGGGCAGAACAAGGCUCGUGCAGCAAGUGUUCCAGCACAGGCCGAUGACGACUCAGACACACAGCCCUUGACUUCUCACCCUGACUUGGGCCUGCCAAAGAGAUUUGGUAAUUCCACCUUGUUUGUGGACUCAAUAGCCGUUGCUGAGUAUCAAGGACGCCCGCUUGCUGAUCACAUUUCUGUCAAGAAUGGCCGACCUCCUGGCGCAUUGCUCGUUCCCCGUCCUCCACUUGAUGCACCCACUGUUGCCGAGGCCGUUGCUGUCAUCUCCUGCUGGUAUGAGGACAAGACCGAAUGGGGGGAUAGAGUUGGCUGGAUCUAUGGAUCAGUGACAGAAGACGUGGUCACAGGUUACAGGAUGCACAACCGCGGGUGGCGAUCUGUCUACUGCAUCACAAAAAGAGACGCCUUCCGUGGCACUGCACCAAUCAACCUUACUGAUCGUCUCCACCAAGUGCUCCGGUGGGCCACUGGUUCUGUUGAAAUUUUCUUCUCCCGAAACAACCCCCUUCUGGCAACCCGCCGCCUCAAGUUCCUCCAACGCAUAGCAUACUUCAACGUCAGCGUCUACCCAUUCACCUCCAUCUUCCUCGUCGUCUACUGCUUCCUCCCUGCUCUAUCCCUCUUCACUGGCCAGUUCAUCGUACGAAGCCUAAACGUUACCUUUCUCAUAUUCCUCUUGAUCAUCACGAUCACACUCACUCUACUUUCUCUCCUCGAAGUCAAAUGGUCUGGCAUUGCACUCGAGGAAUGGUGGCGUAACGAGCAGUUUUGGGUCAUCGGUGGAUCUAGUGCUCACAUUGCCGCGGUCAUCCAAGGUCUCCUCAAAGUCCUAGCCGGUAUUGAGAUCUCAUUCAAGCUGACCGCAAAGUCUGCUGCUGAAGAUGAAGACGACAUCUACGCUGAUCUCUAUGUUGUCAAAUGGACAAGUCUGUUUAUAAUGCCGCUUACGAUCAUUGUGGUCAAUCUUGUCGCCAUUUUCAUGGCAUUUGCGAGGACUGUGUAUAGCGUUAUGCCCCAAUGGAAUAAGCUUAUGGGUGGAAUGUUCUUCAGCUUCUGGGUGCUGGCUCAUAUGUACCCAUUUGCCAAAGGAUUGAUGGGGAGGAGUGGAAGAGUGCCCACCAUUAUUUAUGUAUGGUCUGGGCUUGUUUCAAUUACUGUGUCUUUGCUGUGGAUAUCUAUCAGUCCUCCAGGUAAUUCUACUGCUUCUGGUGGAUGAGGGAAUGUUUCUGUAUAAGGUUUUGGACCCAAAAAAAAGUGUUUUGAGACUUGUUUUUUGUAAUUAAUUAAGAUGCAAAAUGUAAAAUCUAAAAAUGUUCUUCCAUAUGUGUACUGCUAAAUCGUGCAUUCAAUUUCUCCAAGAACUACAUUACCAUGAAAGACCACAAAUUGUGUAGUAUUAGAUGAAAGAAUUUUGUUAUUGUUUUAUA